CGGAUUUUGUGUAAGUGUUGCCAGGCAUACCGUCUUAUUCUACUUUACUAAAAUCUCUGUUUCUAUCCAUACCAUUUUUUAGCUAUUUAGGUUUUCUCUAGAUAUAGACAGCAGACAACAAUAACAAUGGCAGCAUCGGGUGAUCUUGUAGCAGCAUGGGAUGUUCCUUUACCAGAUGGAGUACAUAAAGUAGAGUUUGAACAUGGAACUACAUCAGGAAAAAGAGUCAUAACAGUUGAUGGAAAGGAAAUUUAUAGAGAAGACUGGAUGUUCAAACUUGUUGGAAAAGAACAUUUUCAAGUAGGAAAUGCCAAAUGUGUAAUAAGUAUAGAUGCUGUCAGUGGAUUUGCCUAUGAAUAUCUGUUAGAAGUGAAUGGGAAGCCACUGAAAAAGUUUAAAGAAAAUCAGUCAAAGAUACAGAGAGCCUGGUGUUUAAAGAUUGCUGGUCAUAAUUUUAGAGUUUGUCUAGAGAAAAACACCCUAUAUGUUUAUGUGAAUGGUGACAAAGUAGACACUUUUGGAGAGUUUACAGAUGAGGGAGCAGAGACUCAUUUUGAAAUUGGUGCUCACUCAGCUGUCAUUAAGGGCUAUACAACAGGAAAACGUAAAGAUGGUGUGCAACAUAAACUUUUUGUAGAUGAAAUUGAAAUUCCAGAGGCAAAAGAAUAAUGAUUAAAAAUUGAUUUUAUAUAAUAGCAUAUUAAAUCUAGAAAAGAUCUCAAUUAUAAUGCAAUGUAUCAACCAGAAUAAUAUGUUGAACUUCUAUAACUUUAACACAAAAGGGACCGUCACAAUCUAGGUAAAAGGGUGUUUAUAUGAAGUUCAUAUAGAGAUCUACAGUCAAAAUUUUACUGAACAAUGUCUCUUAUUGAACAAAUAUUAUUAUUGUUAAUUCUAGUCUUAAAAGCUUGAGACAAUUCAAACAGGGAUUUAAAUAGGUAUGUGUAACUAUAUUUUUUCUGACACAAGUGUGUGAUAAUGCAACUGGAUGCAUAAAAUGUAAUUUGAAUUUUUAGUCCGUAUUUGACAUGAUUUAUUUAAAAUUUUGAUCAGCAAAGAAGAAUAAUUCCAGUUCUGGUUUUGGUAUUAUUAUUUUUUUCAUAUUUAGGAAAGCUAUAGCUAACAAGGAAUAAGCCAGUGAAGAAAGGGGAGAUAACUUUUAUUAUAAUGUGAAUUUCUGUGAUAUUGUGUGAAUGUUCUAAAUGUUUACAAAUGUGUUUGUAAUUAUCACUUUUCUAUUUGUUUCUUUUUCAACAUGUUUUAUUAUGAACAUUUUUAAGUCUACUCUUUAUGAGAAAAUGAUUUUCAGUACCAUUCCAUGAAAUAACAAAAACAUUCCCAGUUGAUGUUACUAUUCCAUGAAACAACAAAAACAUUCCAAGUUAAUGUCAAAUUUUGUCAAUUUUUGUCAAUGCAUAUUAUUACAUACAAUAUGCAUUUCCCUUUAAAUCUGAUAUCAAUUUAAUUGUUAUAUUUUUAUAUAUUUUAAUUAUAUUUUGUACAGGUUACAAAAAAAUUAAUAUUUGUAAUAUAUAAUCUAUUUUUUGCUCACGUUACUGUUAUAAUAAAAUGAAUCAUUUCACCAUCAUUAUUUAAAUCUUUCCAUAUUGUUAUUGAGAUAUAAAAUGUGGUAAAAAAAUGGAGUGGUAUCAUAUUCGUAUAAAUGUCAUUUUACAUUACAGGGUUUUAUUUUUUUAUAAACUGAUCAUUAAAAGAAGUAUAAAAGUGGCAAGUGGUAAAUUACUUUCAUUAACACAUAUACUUGUCCUAGUAUAAAAAUAAGGAGAUGUGGUAUGAUUGCCAAUGAGACAACUAUCCACCAGAGUUCAAAUGAAGUGGACAAAAGCAACUAAAGGUCACCAUACGGCCAAUCUAAUGAUUUGCUAUCCUGAAAAUAUCAUGUAUAUUCUAAUGAUUGCUCAUAGUAUAGUAGAAUUUGCUAAAAUUUAAGAGCCAAAAAACAUUAUUUCAUAGGGUUAUGCUGACUAAAAAUGUAGGAAAUCAUCUUUAAAUGUUAUGUUUUUUAAUUAUAUAUACAUUCCUAACAUUUUGUCAGUUUGUUGUGAUGUCAUUUUCAGGAAUUUCUUUUAGAAUGACAUUACUCGAAAUGUUUGUCAGCUUUUACAGCUUUUAGUCCAACAUGCCUUUCUCUAAAACUGCUCAUCUAUAUAUGCUUAUUUAUUUGUUAUUAUAUAGAAACCUGUUAUUUAUUACUUUAAAUGGAAUUGGGUUUAUUUAUUUGCCAUAUAUCUGUUGCAAUUGUUAUUAUUUACUCGUAAUUAGCUCUCUUUAAUAAAGAUGUGUGAUCCAUGUAUUAAUAUUAAUAGCACGAAAAUCUCUUUUGACCAGUAUAAAUGUUAAGUGAAAAUGUUUAUUUUUUGAAUAAUUCCAUCUAUAAGUUACAAGAAGUAGACAUGAAAUAUAUUAUAUCCUGAAGUUCAUCAAUAUGUUCUUAUAAUGCAGUAUUUCAUAUUCUAUAGAAAAUAGAUUUUAAAAUAUAUCAAGAACGAUUUGAUUGAGAUAGUUCUUCAACAAUCUUGCAUAGUGACAUUUGUGAACAUUCAACAUUAAUAUAAAUUAUGGAAAACUGUACCCCAUAGAAGGUCAUUUGUGGUAUGGUUUAUGGUAAUUUUUACAGAAGUUCAUAUGUUUCAACAUGUAUACUAUUAUUCUUUAUAGAUUAAAAAAUUAAGGAUAAACAAUUCAAAUUCAAAUUAAAAAUUUGAUUAAAUGGUUGUGAUGGAUAGUAAAUUAUUAAUGAGGGAUUUUUGAUUGCAAGUAGGAAAUUAAUAAUUCUAAUUAUGAAUUUAAAUGAAUUCUUACUUUCUUACAUCAGCUACAAAUUGUUUACACUUAAUCAGAGCUGGUCUCUUUUAUAUAACCAUAACAAUUGUAUGUAUAACUUUUAUGGAUUUUGGAUACAUUGUUAUACAUUCUGCAUUCCACAUUUGUAAAUUUGUUGUUAUUGUUUGAUAAAAAAUACAUAUAAAUCCGUAUUUGCUAUAGUG